AUGGAUUAUAUGUUUUUCAGAUCCCCUAACGAUUGUCAAAUUUACUUCAUUUGUAUUAAUGGCAAGACUUGCCGGCUGUCCUGCGGUGGAUUCUCUGCUUAUGACGAGUUCACCGAAUCCUGCGUCGCGGCUCAUGAAGUAUCAGCUUGCCCCGUAGAACUGAGAAACGAGGCGAAGCGGCCCAAAGACGCGGAAAACGUCACUGAAUAUCCAACAACUGAGGAACCAUUCUAUCAACCAGGACAAUUUGAAUUGAUAGAAAAUGAGACUCAAAAUCCAGAGCAAAAUCAUAUUCAAAUUAUAAUUAAUCAAAAUAUACGUAAUUUUGAGAAUAGUUUCACUUUCUCCCAUCUAUUUUUAUUAACAGAGCCAGCGAAUCCUACAGCUGACUGCGCACAUCAAUACGGAUACUUUCCAUCUCCCGUGGCUGACCCAAAUGAUUGUGGACAUUAUCGCAUUUGUAACGCCGGCAGAGCCAUUGAAAUGCAUUGCCCUACUGGCUUAGCAUUUAACCCUGUUACUGCCCAAUGCGACUGGCCUGAACUGGUGCCUACCUGCGAUGUUGAAACUUUCGUUGGGUAUCAGUGUCCUCCAGCUGCGAUUGACCGAAAUGGCAACCCAGUAGUAACAAACCAUAAGUAUGAAGGCGAUUGCUCUGCUUUCUACUCGUGUAUCAACGGGCACGCCCGCAUCCUGUCCUGCGAUACUGGAUUGGCGUUUAACCCCGUCACCAGUCGUUGCGAAGACGCCGAUCGCGUUCAAUGCGAAGCGAAGUCUAUUGCCAAAUAUUACUAA